AUGAUACCCGUCAAGAACGCAGGCGCCGGGUUUGCGCUGCUCGCGACUUGCGUUCUACUGUCCGAAGCCUACAGAUACGACCCGCGUUACGUGCAGCAUAAUCUCAACCAGAACAAGACUGCCGUCAACCCUCUCGAUUAUUCGGGAGAAUGGACGGGGCACCAGUAUACACCGUCCCCGGACAACUGGAGAUUUCCGUUCUACACCAUCUUCCUCGACAGAUUUGUGAAUGGCGACCCUACCAAUGAUAACAUCAACCACACUGCCUUCGAACAUGACCACAACUCUAAUCAAAUGCGCCACGGCGGUGACCUACAAGGUCUCGUCGACACCCUCGACUACAUCCACGGAAUGGGGGUUAGGGGCCUAUACAUCGCCGGCUCACCUUUUAUCAACCAGCCUUGGGGCUACGAUCAGUACUCUCCUCUCGACCUGUCGAUUCUUGAGCCACAUUUUGGCACGCUCGACGUCUGGCGGUCCGCGAUCGACGAGAUUCACACUCGCAACAUGUAUGUGAUACUGGACAGCACAUUCGCUACAAUGGGCGACCUGAUCGGCUUUGAAGGCUACCUGAACUCGAGCUCGCCGUUUACCCUGAAAGAGCAUCAAGUGCAAUGGAAGACUGAUCGGCACUACUGGGACUUCGAGUUUGGCAACUCCUACAACAAGACCUGUGACUAUCCGCCCUUCUGGAGCGAUAAUGGUUUCCCUGUCGAUAAACCAGUGACGGACCAGAUGGUCGGCUGCUACGACUCUGAGUUCGACCAAUACGGAGACACCGAGGCAUUUGGUGUCUUCCCUGACUGGCGACGUGAGCUGUCUAAAUUCGGUUCGGCGCAAGACCGGUUGCGAGAAUGGCAUCCUCCCGUCCGGGUUAAGCUCGAGAAUUUCUAUUGUCUGCUCAUCUCGCAGCUGGAUGUCGAUGGCUUCCGUUACGACAAGGCAACUCAGAGCACUGUUGACGCCAUGGGCUUCAUGAACGAUGUCAUGAGAACAUGCGCUAAAAGAUACGGCAAGGAGAAUUUCUUCUUGCCCGGUGAAAUCACUGGUGGCAACGAUUUCGGCGCCAUCUUCCUUGGAAGAGGGCGGCAACCUGAUCAACGGCCUGACAAUGUCACUCAAGCCGUCAACUUGACUAGCUCGGAUAAUGAAUACUUCCUCCGAGAACGAAAGUAUGGUGCGCUUGACAGUGCUGCAUUCCAUUACACUGUCUAUCGAGCAUUGACUCGCUUUCUGGGUAUGGACGGCAACCUCCAGGCAGCUUUCGAUGCGCCAAACAAUUGGGUUGAGCAGUGGAACACUUAUUUGCUCACCAACGACUUCCUCAAUACCAACACCGGUGCCUUCGAUCCGCGACACAUGUACGGCGUUACAAAUCAGGAUGUUUUUAGGUGGCCUGCGAUCACUCACGGCGUCGAGCGUCAGCUCCUCGGCCAUUUCAUUACCAGCCUGCUCUUGCCCGGGAUUCCACUACUGCUAUGGGGUGAAGAGCAAGCCUUCUAUGUCCUCGACAAUACAGCCAGCAACUAUAUCUACGGUCGCCAGGCGAUGUCUUCUGCUACCGCCUGGCAGACUCACGGAUGCUACCACCUGACCUCGACCAAUUAUUACAAGAUGCCUCUGGAAUCGGCGAAAUAUGGGUGCUCGGACAACACUGUCAGCUAUGACCACCGGGAUCCUUCGGCGCCGGUGCGCAACAUCAUUCGCCACAUGAUGGAACUCCGCGAGGCAUUUCCCGUUCUGACGGAUGGAUUCUUUCUGCAACAGCUCUCAAACCUGACUGAUGAUGUCUACUACCCUGGCUCCAGCGACGUUCCAACUGAGACUGGUAUGUGGUCAAUUUUGCGAUCUGGACUCCCUAAUCAGCAGGAUCUCACCGGCCAUGGUGCGGGUGAUGGCACUGCAGACGGCGGCGCCAUGAUUUGGCUCGUCUACUCCAACUUGAACAGAACCCGGACUUGGCAGUUCGACUGCAUGAACAACGAUACGCAAUUCCAAACCACCGCCCUGAUUUCGCCAUAUGCGUCCGGGAUUACUGUCAGAAAUCUGUUCUACCCUUUCGACGAACACACUCUGGAAGACAGUACCCGGAGUCUUGGUCUCGACGGCUCGACUGAGCCAAAUGGAUGCCUGAGCUCCCUUGAGAUGGCUGCGUACGAUUUCAGGGCGUACGUGCCAAUCAACGAUUGGGUUGCGCCUACGCCUAUGAUCACAAAGUUCUCACCUGGUCACGAUGCCAGGAUGUUGUCGAAAGUGGAUCCAAGUGGCACAGAAGGCGUGGAUGUUGAGCUUCAAUUUUCCGUUGCAAUGGAUUGCGACAGCGUCACCAACAGCCUCUCAUUCAACUCUACGACAGACAGUGGCAGCCACCCAAGCGUCGAUCAGAAUAGCAUUAAAUGCGGGACCCUGGGAACAGUCGCAAAUUCGACUUUGGUUGGCACAAUUCCGUCGAAAUGGUCGUGGCAGGCCAGACUGACCGAUGUUGCCAAUGGCAUCCACAGCCUGACAUUCCGCAAUGCCAGUGCUGCCAACGGCGCAGGCUCCACUAACACAAUAGAUCGCUUCCUAUUCAGGGUCGGCCAGUCGGACAACCCGAUGGUCUUUCCUCGAACCGCGAACUACUCUACGACUCUGCUGAGCAAGAGCGAAAGCGGCAGCCUCCAGCUGCACCAAUCUGCUGCUGGUGCAGACCUCUUCAGGUAUUCGACCAACUUCGGAUCUUCUUACUCUGACUGGAUGCCCUACCAAGGAGGAGUGCGCGAGAUCGAAAAACAACCCUGGUCGGGCACAAGCUUACAGGCUUGGUCUGGCGAGCAUGUUCGAGUCCAGUAUUUCAGUCGCCUCGGUGGCACGAGUGACCAUGUCCAGGAAGCGGAUAUGGACAGCAAGAAGCGGCGCUUCCCUCACAUGUUCUUGAACGGUCCGUACAACCAGUACGGGUACGACGCCGGUCUGAACAACAAGAUUACAUUGACCGACGACUAUACGUGGACGCAUCACUGGAUGUUGGAGUGGAGCAAGAAUGGCUCUGGCUCAGUUGCUCAGAUCAACGUCUGGGGUAUAGACCCAGACGGCCAACCCGACCUCAGCCUUGUCAUGGGAGAUGCCGACGGGGACUCUAUUCUCGAUCGGCUCCCGCCAUCUUCGCUCGCAGCUGUCGUCCUGAACGUCACGAGCGCUCCUCCGAAACCCUACCUUUCAUGGAAAUUCGUGAUCAACGACGGCGAUUUGCGCUUCAAGCUCGUGCCCGCAGGCUCGAUGUGGACACAGCUCAUUCUGUACAUCCUCCUCUGGUUCCUCCCCUUGAUCACCGCAUCAUUUUCUUGUUGGGCCUUCAUGCGAAGCUUCUACAAAGUCAAAUUCAACCAGGUCGGCAUCGCUCCCAAAGUCGGAUUGAUCCCGACUUCAAUCAAGAGGCACUUUCAACGAACCUCAGCCGAAGAUGGCUCCGACGAGAAAGCGGGAUUCCUUUCUCUCCUGAAGCACAAAUCAGGCAAUUUUCUGCAAAAGAGCGAUGUCCUGAACACUCCACGGCGUCGGCAGACGGUCCUCAUUGCCACCAUGGAGUACGACAUUGAAGACUGGGCCAUCAGGAUCAAGAUUGGUGGUUUGGGCGUCAUGGCACAGCUGAUGGGCAAGAACCUGGGCCACCAGGACCUUAUUUGGGUAGUGCCCUGCGUCGAUGGCGUCGAAUACCCGGAGGAUGAGAAGGCAGACCCAAUGGCUGCGACCAUCCUGGGGGUGACGUACGAAGUCAACGUUCAGUACCAUAAACUGCGCAACAUCACCUACAUCCUCCUCGACGCCCCUAUCUUCAGGCAGCAAACCAAAUCAGAACCGUAUCCGGCACGGAUGGACGACUUGACGAGUGCCAUCUACUACUCGGCUUGGAAUCAGUGCAUCGCCCAAGCCAUCAAGCGCUUUCCCAUCGACUUGUACCACAUCAACGACUAUCACGGCACGGUAGCACCGCUUUAUCUGCUUCCAAGCUCGAUUCCCAUUUGCUUGUCUCUCCAUAAUGCCGAGUUUCAGGGCUUGUGGCCGAUGCGAAACAAGAAAGAACGAGAAGAAGUCUCUUCGGUCUUCAACCUACCCCCAGACGUGGUAGAAGAGUAUGUGCAGUUCGGGGAGAUCUUCAACCUGCUUCAUGCCGGUGCUUCAUAUCUGAGAAUCCACCAACAAGGGUUCGGUGCUGUCGGCGUCUCGAAGAAAUAUGGCAAGCGAUCAUACGCCAGGUAUCCAAUCUUCUGGGGCCUCAAAAAGAUACAAGCAUUGCCAAAUCCUGAUCCGUCGGACACAGGCGAGUGGGAUAAGCAGCUACCACGAGAAGAAGACAUCUACGUCGACGACGCUUUCGAGGUAGAGCGUCUGGAGCUCCGAACUCAAGCUCAAGAAUGGGCUGGUCUUGAAAAGAAUGCCAAGGCUGAGCUCUUCGUCUUCGUUGGGCGUUGGUCCAUGCAGAAAGGUAUCGAUCUGAUCGCUGACACAUUCCCAGCGAUUCUGGAAUCAAACCCCAACGUCCAACUCAUCACUGUCGGACCUGUCAUCGAUCUAUACGGGAAGUUCGCUGCUCUGAAAUUGGACCGGUUGAUGAAGAUGUACCCGACCCGAGUAUGCUCAAAGCCCGUCUUUACUGCGCUACCGCCUUACAUCUUCUCAGGCGCCGAAUUUGCCCUUAUUCCAUCACGGGAUGAGCCCUUCGGACUGGUGGCAGUAGAAUUUGGAAGAAAGGGUGCUCUCGGUGUCGGCGCGCGAGUCGGUGGUCUUGGUCAGAUGCCAGGCUGGUGGUACACCGUUGAGAGCACGACCACUGCUCAUCUGCUGAAGCAGUUCAAAAAAGCGAUCCGUGAUGCAAUGAGCUGUCCGACGGAGACCAAGGCGAUGAUGCGAGCCCGAUCUGCCAAGCAGCGAUUUCCAGUUGCACAGUGGGUGGAGGACCUUACAAUUCUGCAGUCGACAUCCAGGCGCAUCCAUGACAAGGUGUACUCCGAAAAAAGCCACUCUGCAUCAGGCAGCGUCUCCAUUUCUGCCCCGAUUGUCAAUUCUCCACCGGGCAACCGUACGGAACCGUCGAAUGGUCUGGAGAUCGUGAUGCCUCAAAUGUCUCAUAUGCCUGUGAGUAUACCUACUGAACUUAAUCCUCCAAACGUCGGAUCAGGCGUUUCGGGACUGCAUUCACGGGACCGCAGUCAAUAUCCCUCACACCGACAGCAGCCUGGCCUGACGAGGAAGGCGUCUCUUGGUUCUCGGCGCGGCCCUGGUCAUGUCCGUACCGAAGAUCUUAACGAUGGCGGCGCAGAGCAGGGCCUGCGUGGAGGCCAAAAUCUCCUGCCACCAAUCGCUGACGGCGAGCUGCUCGGUGUCGGAACAGCCAUAUUUAUGUUUUCCAGCCAUGAUGACAACGACGAAGACGACGGCGAUGACGACAGCUCCGUAUGCUCACAGGGGGACGUGGAGCACCACGUGACUAAGCCUUCAAAGCCUCGGCCGCGACUGAACAGGGGUCCGUCAACUUUUGGUGAUGGUGACCUGCCAUGGCCUCUGCAAUCACCACAGCACGACACCCCUUCACUAUCCUCCACGCCCUCGCAGCCCGGCACACCAGAUGUAUUAACUGGUUUAUUCCCUCCGCCACGCAUCUUUUCAGACGGGGUUCUGUCUCCCAACCGCUCCAUGCUCUCUGUCAACUCGGUUGUCGGCGAAAGCACAGAAUUCAAUUUGCAGAAAGUUGAUCCUUUCUUCACGGACAGCAACGGCGCUUUUUACCACGCGUUCGAGAAGAAGCUUCAGACACUUGACGGUAAGAACUCGGAGACCAUCAACUGUAUCGAGGAAUACCUGGUCAAAUCCGAGAAGGCGUGGUUCAAUGCCUUCCGCAACGCUAAACUCGGCCGCCUCAGAACACAGCCGAAUUCCGCUCGUUCUUCGUUCGCAGCCUACCCCGACUCCGCUCGACCAGGCACUGCCGACCACGCACCCAGGUUCCCCAAUCCAUUCGAGAUGAACUCGUACAGGGAUGACGACGCAAAGCCCCUCGCCGACGAGUUCCUCCUGGGGACGGAUUACAAGCCUCCCACCGGCAUCCGAAAAUGGAUGCAGAUCCGCGUCGGAGACUGGCCUCUCUACGCCUUCUUCAUCGCCUUGGGGCAGAUAAUGGCCGCGAACAGCUACCAGAUCACACUGCUGACGGGCGUGGUGGGUGAGACAGCAAGCAGGCUCUACGUCGUCGCGUCCAUCUACCUCAUCACAUCCAUGUGCUGGUGGUACCUUUUCCGCCGAUUCGCCUCUGUCGUUUCGCUCUCCCUCCCAUUCUUUUUCUAUGGCCUGGCCUUCCUCUUGAUCGGCCUCGCCCACUACGGCUCCCCAUCUGGUCGAGGAUGGAUCCAAAAUGUUGCGACAGGCUUCUACGCCCUCGCUUCGUCCUCUGGCGCUCUGUUCUUCUCGCUCAACUUUGGCGACGAAGGUGGCGCCAUGGUGAAAGCCUGGACAUUCAGAGCCUGUGUAAUACAAGGAACGCAACAAAUCUACGUCGUGGCACUGUGGUCUUGGGGAAGCGUUCUUGGGAAGAAGACUUCGCGCGGCAUCGUCACCGCCAACGACUCCGUGGCAGGGACAUGGAAGAUCACCGCGAUCACGUUCCCCAUUGCCAUCGCUUUAUGGGCUGUGGGAAUAACGAUGUGGCUUGGCCUGCCGACCUAUUACCGGCAAGCCCCUGGAACGAUGCCGACUUUCUACACCUCCGUUGUGCGAAGAAAAGUCGUUCUCUGGUUCUUCGUAACCGCGAUCGUACAGAACUUCUUCCUAAGUGCGCCUUACGGGAGGAACUGGCUGUUCUUAUUCAGCAGUGAAGCUGCGAAGCCGUGGCAGGUCCUCCUACUGGUCGUGCUCUUCUUCAUCGGCGUAUGGGCUGGCUUACUCGGAAUAUUUGCGCACCUCUCAAAGUCUCAUUCCUGGAUCCUGCCGCUCUUCGCAAUAGGAUUACUCGCGCCCAGAUGGGCUCAGAUCUGGUGGGGCACCAGCAAUGUUGGCCUUUGGUUGCCUUGGGCCGGCGGUCCUGUGGUAGGUGCUCUCGCGUCGAGGGCGUUAUGGUUGUGGCUCGGUGUGCUCGAUGCAAUCCAAGGUGUCGGACUGGGCAUGAUCAUGUUGGGAACGCUGACUCGAAUCCACGUGGCGUUCACAAUUACUGCGGCUCAGGUCCUUGGCUCUAUUGCUACAAUGGUGGCGAGGGCGGCAGCUCCAAACAAACUCGGCCCAGGCCCUAUCUCUCCCGAUAUCACUGGAGGAGUCGGCACCAUCUGGCAGGCGUGGUUUUGGGUAGCAUUGACAGCGAAUCUGCUGCUCUGCGUUGGCUUUUACAAGUUCUAUCGAAAGGAGCAGUUACAGAAGCCGUAG